AACAUGAGUGAAAAGGAACACAGUCAAGAUUAUGCAUCAGAAAUGACAUUAAAUGAAAAAGAUAAUAAUAACUCAGAAGAGAGUAUCCUGAAUAAAGAAAAAGACACAAACUUGGAAGAAGAAAUAUUGAAUCAUGUAGGUAGGAGUAAAGCAAUUUUCAAAAGCCAACAAAAAGAAGAUCCAGAUUUAACUUUUGAAGAAAAAUUAACAAUAGCACGUAAUAUACUAAAAAAGAGUUAUUGUUUGUUUUUAUCUAAAUUUGGACGUUAUAUGAAGGAAGAACAUUUAAAGUAUUUUGAGAAAAGCAAAGACAAAGAUUAUGAAGUUGCUUACCAUAUUAAUAGAUUGCGAAGAUAUUUUAACAAUUCAACAAGAGUGACUGAUGUUAAAAAUAGAAGAUAUCAAGCUUUGAAAACUUUAGUAAAGCAGGGAGAAUACUUUAGUGAAACUGAGAUGAUGAAAAGAAAUCCAUUAUUAUACGAACAUUUAAUUGGACAAUAUAUGACUGAAAAGCAAAAGAAAAUAAGAGACAAUAUAGAUACAACAAAUAUCACAUUUGUAAAUCUGUUAAUGGAAAGUAUUGAUAGAGACAGUUUAAAACAGAAGCGGAAGUUACAAGAGGAAGAAGAACAAGAUGUAUUGGAAGAAACUGAAUCAGAUGAGGAGCAAGAUGAAAUUUAUAUUUCAAGAGAUUUAAAUUGUAGCAAAGAAAGUAAUUUUCAAUGGGGUAGACUACCUACAUUACAGAAUGAAACACACCAUCAGAAUAUCCACAGGCAAAUAAACAAAACUGCAUGUAAUAUUUCGAAAACAGAGAAACAAAUACUGAAACAAGAAUUCGUGAGCAAUAUGUAUCAAAAUUUUUUGGAUGGAAGAGAUGACUUUGAUUAUAGCACUGUGGAUGACAAUGAAGCAUAUGAUAACAUAGAUUUACGAUCGCAAGACGAAGAAGACAAAUAUUUUGAUUCAGAAUCUCCUGAAAAUGUAUGUCCCUCUGAAGACAGAAGUGAAGUUGAGACUGAAGAUGAAUUGGAUAUUUAUAUGAAAUCACUGAAGGAACAGGUCACUACAAGUACGCUCUCUUUGGAUAAUCUUGUAUGCGAUAAUUCCUGUAAGACAUAAUCUUAUAUAUGUACGAUAUUAUAUAUACUGCAUUUGUAAAUAAAAAUCCUUAGAAUCACUAA